AUGGCUUCUGUAAUCCCAUAUCAGUCGAAUAAAAUACAGGGGCCGGAUCCCACAAUAUCUCUCAAGCAAGCUCUGCUGCAAUUCGAGGGCACCCUGACGGACGAUCAAAAGCAACAGUAUCAGGCAAGAAGUGUGAGGCCAGAUGCCGCAAGCGUUAUUGCAUUCGUUGGAGAGAUCGAUUCCAACAAAAGCACGACAAGAAGGUGUGUGGCGCCAAGAUUGCACAGCUUCUUGCAGGCGACACAACAGUUUAGCGCCAUCGUGGAUACAUUUGUCAGUUCCAAUCCCGAAAUAGCUGCUCUGGUUUGGGGAGGCAUCAAGACGGCAAUUUUGAUAGCAAGCAAUAUCACAUCUUACUUUGACAAAGUCACGAGUAUGAUCAUGGCGAUCGGCAGGUCAUGUCCAACAUAUCAGCAAUUUGGUCACCUUUACCCAGGCUGUGCUGGUCUCCAACGUGGCUUAUGUGAUUAUUAUGCCACCAUUGUCCAGUUAUGCAUCAAGAUCAUUGAAAUCUCAAAGCGGACAGCUGUUACUCAAGUUUUAUCGUCUAUUUUCAAUCCUUUCGAGGCCGAAUUCAAGCGUUUUCUGGAUCAGCUUGACGAAGCCGUGAAGGAUAUACAGCUACAACUAUCAUUUGCCUCGAAGAAGGCUAACGCGGACUCUCAAGAUCUCCUUAAGCGUGAAAGCCACAGCAACUCAGCAUUCCGCCGCUACACCUCAAGCUUCUACAAAGACUCUAGAAGUGAGUAUGCUAAGGCGCAAGAGUUGCGAAUGGACAUCUUGAAGAGGCAAGCCGCGGAAUUGAGAUCGAGCGUCAGAGAUAAUCUUUCUAGCAUCGACUACGAUAAGCCUUGGAAGCAAGCGUCACGGCAACGUGUUCCCUCUACAGCCGAGUGGCUACAGCAGGAGCAGUCCUUUCUUCACUGGAAAGACGGUUGGGAUACCGAAAUUCUCUGGUGCUCAGGCACGAUGGGUGUGGGUAAAACGGUGCUUAUGUCAAAUGCGGUUGUCCAGCUACAUGCGUCCCUUGGACCAAGGGAUAUUUUAUCCUACUACUUCUGUUCUGCUGACUAUGCAGCAUCUCUAUCAGCGAGAAAUAUCUUCGGAUGUCUUGCUCGUCAAUUGUUGAACGCACAAAUCGAGAUUGCGGACAACGAUAGUCUACGACGUUUAUAUAAGGAUAGCCGGGAUCUCAACGCGGCGGAGACCAUUGAUUUCUUAUUGACUAACCUCAAAGGCGACAAUAAAUAUUAUAUAAUUCUCGAUGGCCUCGAUGAGUGUGAGGGUAGCGAGAUUCAACAGAUAGCGCAGGGCAUAGCCAAACUCUGCAGUACUCGCGCCAAGGGGUUCAAACUCCUUUGCGCUGGUCGCCCAGGGCUUGAAAAGCAGUUGUUUAGAGUAACCCAACCGAACUACGCAAUUUCAGUGACUGAGCAAAAGGUUGAAUCCGACAUGGAGCAAUAUAUUGCGACAACUUUGGCUUGCUGCCUAGACGAGGGGCAGUUGAAGCUGGGGGAUCCGAACCUCAUCAUAAGAAUCUCCAACGCUCUUCACGAUGGAUCCAAAGGAAUGUUCCUCUGGACGCGUCUUUUGAUAGAAGAGCUAUGCGCACAGGGCAGUGACCAUGACAUAUUAGCUGUACUAAACCAUCUUCCGCGUGGCCUAUCCGAAAUUUUUGAUCGAAAGCUGCAUCGAUUGCGGAGUGGAACGGCAGUAAAAGAUGCGAUUGCAACACUCCAAUUCUGUGGUGUGCUGAAGCGGUCGUUGACAGUCAUGGAGUACCAGGAGGCGUUGAGUCUAUCUCCUGGACAAACGACUCUUGAUAGCCAGAAGUUUCCUAACGACAUGGAUAAGGUCAUACGUAAUUGCUGCGGCUUAAUAUUCGUCGAUGAAGAGGACAGCACCGUGCACUAUGUUCAUCAUAGUGUAAAACAACACCUCUUCAACACCUACCAUUCGUCAUCAGAGGAAUUUGAUACGAAGAAACUUGAUCAGCAUCUUGGCUUACUUUGCAUGACUUAUCUUGACUUCAAUACCUUCAAACGUCAGAUAUCGAAGGUCGCCGAGGGGUCAAAUACUCCAAUAACCCCUGUUCAGCUUGGCAUCACCCCGAUAUAUCGCUCACGCAAUGAUACUGGUCGAAUAGCAAUGAAGUUGCUUUUGUAUCGUCGGAAUCUGCAGCAUCUCAGCGCUCGAGAGUUGGAGAGGAAAUCCCGGGAAUUGCUUGAUGAUCUAGAGUCUUCAGGUCUCGAUAAAGACCUCCACCGGAACUUCCAGUUUCUCAACUACGCCCGCUCUUAUUGGAUCUAUCACGUGGCAGACCUGGACCCGGAUCAUCAGACAUGGAAAUUGUUUAGCCGCUGUGUAGACGGUGAUAUCAUCCUUGCACACAGACCAUGGGAGUCAACACAUCAGACGGACGGCGAAAGAAACGACAUGUCAAGAGCGGUACAGUGGCUUUUAGCUGAGGGUCAUUUUACACUUUUUGUGUACCAUACAAAGCACCAGUCAAACCUUUUGACUGAACAGACCAAACGCGAAAUUAUUCAAAACUCCAGAAUUCAAGAUCGUGGCCGCUUUAUUGAUUUGAUCAUUCAGCAAAGCAAUAAUUCCCUCGAAACGUUACAUCAUGCAUUGUAUUAUGCAUCGAGAGAAGGAUUCUUAGCCUCAGUCAAAGCUUUACUCCAAACAGAGUUGGAUGUGAAUGCUCGGGUAUAUAACCGAACAGCGCUUCAAGUAGCGGCAGAAGCAGGCCAUCUUGAGGUAGUCGAGCGAUUGCUCAACGCAAACGCCGACGUUAAUGCUGCUGCUGCUGCUGGAUAUGAAGGACGAACAGCACUCCAAGCGGCAGCAGGAGCGGGUCAUCUCGCGGUGGUUGAGCGAUUGCUCCAAGCAGACGCCGAUGUUCAUGCUGCAGCUACUAAAAAUGAAGGACGAACCGCACUCCAAGCGGCGGCAGGAGGGGGCCACCUCGCGGUGGUUGAGCGAUUGCUCCAAGCAGACGCCGAUGUUAAUACUGCUGCUGCUGGAUAUAAAGGACGGACCGCACUUCAAGCGGCGGCAGGAGGGGGCCACCUCGCGGUGGUUGAGCGAUUGCUCCAAGCAGACGCCGAUGUUAAUGCUACUGCUGCUGCUGGAUAUGAAGGACGGACGGCACUCCAAGCGGCAGCAGCAGAGGGUCACCUCGCGGUGAUUGAGCGAUUGCUCCAAGCGAACGCCGAUGUGAAUGCUGCUGCUGCUGCUGCUGAUGAAGGACGAACCGCACUCCAAGCAGCGGCAGGAGCGGGUCACCUCGCGGUGGUUGAGCGAUUGCUCCAAGCAGACGCCGAUGUUAAUACUGCUGCUGCUGGAUAUAGAGGACGGAACGCACUCCAAGCAGCAGCAGGAGGGGGUCAUCUCGCGGUGGUUGAGCGAUUGCUCCAAGCAGAUGCCGAUGUUAAUGCUGCUGCUGCUGCUGGAUAUGAAGGGCGGACCGCACUCCAAGCGGCAGCAGGAGGGGGUCACCUUGCGGUGGUUGAGCGAUUGCUCCAAGCAGACGCCGAUGUUAAUGCUACUGCUGCUGAUGAAGAUGAAGGACGGACGGCACUCCAAGCGGCGGCAGGAGGAGGUCACCUCGCAGUGGUUGAGCGAUUGCUCCAAGCAAACGCCAAUGUUAAUGCUGCUGCUGCUAAAUUUGAAGGACGAACAGCACUCCAAGCGGCGGCAGGAGGGGGUCACCUCGUAGUGGUUGAGCGAUUGCUCCAAGCAAACGCCAAUGUUAAUGCUGCUGCCGCUGCUGGAUAUAGAGGACAAACAGCACUCCAAGCAGCAGCAGGAGCGGGUUACCUCGAGGUUGCGGAUCGACUAAGACAGGCUGGGGCACAUGACUAG